CUGAUGUUUUGAUCGGCUGGAACUGUUUUUGGGUCGAGACGUUUGUGAGGUAAAAAACCAAACCAUGAAUUAAUUUUUCUUUAAAAUGUUCAUAAUCAGAAAGGAAUUGAUUGAGCAGCCGCCUGUUUGGUUCGUUUUGGAUCUCCUGCUCUGAUUGGAGUCCAAUCUUUUGAAAACCUUCGGACAGAUGUUUGUGUAGCGGUCAAGGUGCAUGGAAAUAAUUUUCUAGUUUGUUUAUAGGGACGUCUGGCAGCUGUUGGGCCGUUAACCCGCCUGACCCGCUGUGUGAAAACCAACAUGGCUGCUUGACAGAUGAAAGCUUUCAUGGCGAAGCGGCUCUGAAGUACAGUAGGUUCAGCCGUGGUGGUAACGGCUUCGCUCAGCGGAGGGUCUGGUUCACAUUUAUGUGUCCAUCCAGAGGAUUUGACCUUUUCCAUCCCCUAAACCUCAGCAGGCAGCGCUGGUCCCGCCUCCGGGCCGAACCUCCCACUAUAUCUUCAUCAUGUGAAGCUCCAAUGCAGGGAAAGGUAGUCCAGCUUACAGGAACGAAGCAGCGGGAACAAGAAGAUCUGGACCAGGGGAAAACUUUGACGGACGGAGAAACAAGAAGAGAGGAGAAAAUCUGAAACGAAGCGAAGAAAGACUCGAAUCAGCCGGAGAGGAAACGGGAGAGGAAACAGAGAAGGAAUCAGAAGAGCAGAGAGCGCCGCGUCCCGUCAGGAUCCUCAGAGAACGAUGCAGGCCUUCCUGCUGCUGGGCUGUUGUGUCCUCGCGCUAACGCAGUGCUGCCUUGGCUCCGCCCACAUGAUCCCUGACGACAGGCUGUCCACCAAUAGGGUCGCUGCGUCCAGCACUCUGUCUCACAGCCUGCAGAUUGACCCGCCUCCUGUUGUUAUUGUGGAGCUGAACAAAUCCACCAAGAAGAAAGAAAAAGCAAAGAAGCAGAAAAAGAAUAAGUUUGUGAGGAAACGCCCGCCUCCUCCGCCCGACUGCGUCCCGCUCUGGGGAAGCUGCAAAGCUCCCGGCAACGUUUGCUGCGACUUCUGCGCGUUCUGCCAGUGCCGGCUCUUUAAGACUGUGUGUGUGUGCCGGAUGGGGAACCCGCGCUGCUGAACCUCCUGCAGCGACUCGGUUUGUAACUUUGCCUGAAACUCGCAGCAUGAAAGCACUUUAUCCCGAGUUCAGCGCCGACGGAGCCGCGCUGAGCGAACACAGGGAGGCUUUUCGCACUGAUUAACGGUUGGGUUGUACUUUAGCUGAGCUUUCGCACGCUAACAUGAAAUGAUUCAGACCAGGCAGUUUCCUGUCACUCCACAUGAUGCGACGAGCAUCAGCGUGUUUAUGGCACAUGCAACAAUAAAAGGCCUUCGUGGCCAAUCAAGUCUGUUUCUUCUAUGUUUUAUAAAUUAUUCCUGCAUGUAAAUCAGUAAACAGGAAGUUUGAUCUAAUUCUGUGGUUUGUUAUCGUGGCCUGCCAAAAUAAUUCAGAUAUUUAUAAGUAGUGAACGAUGGAACUGUGCAGUAAACUACCAGAACAUCCUGAAGGCUGUUU